GUUCGCUCUCCUUCGUAAUUUCACGCUUGAUGCGAACGGAGACGAAAGCUCUAAAGCAAGCCACGAAUAUUUGACCAAACAAUGCAAACUUUACGAAGAACCAAACAGUUCUUACUUUUCGAUACGUUUGAAACGUACGGCCGACGAAAUCUGGUUAAACAAAAGAAAAUGUUCCAGUUUACGGCUAACGCAAAUAUUAUGUGGAAGAAGAAUACAUAAGUGUGCAUUUAAGGAGUUCUAAUCUUAGCAGUAAUUAUGAAUGUAGACAUACCCACAUACAUAUGUAAAUUCCCUUAAAAAUAAACCUACGCAUAAACGUAUAUGCAAUUUAAUAGAUAAAGAAAAUGCACACAUAUGUAACUCACUAAGCUAUCUAGUAUGCAACAGAAAAGAGGAGAACAAGAGCUUCGCGGAUGGAAUGCCUACGCGUGCCAGCAAGUGAACUACAGAAAAUUACAAUAAAAAUGUGAUUCAUAUGUACCUUUUCUUAAUGUAAUGAAACACUAAUAUAAACAUAGUAAGCACUUUUAACAGUCAACAUAAAAACAAAAUAAUAAUAUUAAUAUAAAAAUACUGGUAAUAAUAAUAAAAAAUAGUUGCAAGACAAAUAAAGUUCAGCCGAAAAAUUGUUAGCAGAACAUGACGCGGAAAAGAAGCCUACUCCGACUAUUUUAUUUUUAAACAUGAAAACAAGGAAACUUAAGUUUUGAGAUCAAAUUAAACAACUAAAAAUUCACAAAAAGUUAUAAAUUUACCUACACGAGCAGUAUAAGGACAAAUUCGUUAUGUUAUAAUAAUACAAAUGGUUAGGACAAAAACACAUAUGCGCAAAUAUGAUAAAACAAAAAUUGCCUUCAAAUAUAAAGUGUUGUCAAAUACCCAAACCAAAGAGCAAAGUGAGCAAUUCUAACUAACAUUAGAUACAAUUAAAUCAAGUUAAAGUUAAGGAAUACAGAAGUAUUGCUCCAAGUAAAUCUUAAAUCAACGAAUUCAGAAAAGUGAUCACGAAUUUUUCGUAAAUAAAACCAGACAAAAAAUUAAAACGAAAACACAAGCAUAUAUUUUAGGCUUAAGCGUUCUUUGUUAUUAGUGAUUUUUAGGCGUCGUUGUCGUUAGCCGUCAAAUAACUUUUAUGUAGAUGUCCGUAUUGUCAAAUAUUUUGCAUAUUUGCGCUUAGUUGACUAGUUAUCCAAUAUAUAAACCAAAUUAAAUAAACAUAAAUAUUAGAUGAAAAUAUUAUGUGAAUAACAGCAAAGUGCCAGUGCAACGGAGUUCCGAUGAAAAACUAAAAGAAGAUAAAAAUAUUUUAAACAAAAUAAAAAAAAUUCCUAUAAAAUAUUAAAAUGAUAUGCACUGCAAUAAAAAUAAAAACAAAAACAUAACGCAAAAUAAAUAAAAGCAAAGUUGAAGCAAAUAUCCCUACGGAGUACAGGUCUAAUGAAAUGUAUACCAAAUACAAAUAAAUUUUAAAUUUUGAAUUUCCAAUCAAGCUUUCAAGUUUAAAUUGAUUGCUGAUAGCAAAUCAAAAACGAUUGCUUAAAUGUGGGUGCAAAAAUUACUAAAUCAGAAUAAAUAACAGAAUUUAAAGCAAGUUUAUCAAUAUUAAAAUUAUCUGAAACAUAUUGAGAUUUCAAAUUUCAAUUGCAAAUACUUUUAAACUAUUUCGAAAACACUUGUGAAACCUACAAUCAAACACUAAAUUAAUAAAAACAAAUACUCUGUAUUUCAAUAUUCUGUAUGAACUCAUAAAAACUGCAUUAGUAAUAAUAACAUUCAAAGAGGCACGGAGAGACCAGAUCCUUUCGAACAAGGAUUUGGAAAGCGAAAAUUACGAUUCGAUAAUUUAUGGAAAAACCGGGAUUUGUUUCAACUCACGGACGUUAAGGUAUCAGCUGCACCCUAAAUUUCGCGUUUUUGUGAGGGCUGAGUGGAUUGAAGUUGAAAGACCUUUUUACAGUCAAUAUCCACACAUGCUUCUGUGCAGCAAACUGGGCACGCCAAAGCACAUAAGGACAGCUUGACGUAGAAAAUCUGCAAUCAAAAUAAGCGGCAACUCAACUAUCCCUCGUGCUCGCUGAAAGCACUGUUUUUCAAAAAGACAUGCGCGAGGAAUGUUAUCUCGAUAUGUACUUGAACUUAAAGCACAUCUACAAGGAUGCAGCAGUGGACCAAAAGCAACAAUGGCGUGUGUUUUAUUGUUGUUUGAUUUCUCUAUACAACAACUAGGCAAAAGGAGAAUGGCUAAUAUAAUUUUGAUUGCUUGCCUCUCUGUACUUGGCAUCAUAAUUGCCAUCGCGUUAUUUCUUGCUGGUGGUUAUCUUUGGUGGCGCCACAAACGUUCACAACUUCAGUUUAUCGAACCGAAUGAGGAUGAGGGUUCGAGCAGCUAUAGUCUGAGACUUCCUCAAUCUUCAACUCAGGAGAUGCCGGACACAUCACUUCCACCUACGAAAACGCAACAGUAUCAAACCACCGCCCAAUCACUAGCUACUCCAUUACAAAAUAAUAUCAAUCGUAAAUUGAAUGGAUUUCUCAAUUUAAAAACUCCAUUGAUCGGGUGAGUCUAUCAUGAGCAAAUAUCUAUACUUAAAAAAAUCACUAGCUAACU